CUCGGCGCCUGGAACUACAAAGUAAACACUUCCGGAAGCACAUUGCACACAGUAGCUGUGAGCUUAAUUGUGGUCUACGAAAAAAAUGACAAGACACGGCAAAAACUGUACCGCAGGUGCCGUGUACACCUAUUAUGAAAAAAGAAAAGACACUGCUGCCUCUGGAUAUGGAACCCAGACGAUACGUCUCAGCAAAGAUGCCGUGAAGGACUUUGACUGCUGCUGUCUUUCUCUCCAGCCAUGUAAAAAUCCUGUAGUAACCCAAGACGGGUACAUUUAUGAGAAGGAAGCCAUUUUGGAAUAUAUCUUGCAUCAUAAAAAGGAGACUGCUCGGCUGAUGAAGGCAUAUGAGAAACAGAAGAAGGACAAGAAAGCCGAAGAGGAGGAAUUAAACAAAGCUGCAAAAGAAUCGAAAAUGAAAGUGUUUCUUGAUAAAGAAAUGUCCAUAAUCAGCAAGCCACUGAACCCCUUCACACAGAAACAUGAAGCUGCUGAGCCCAGUGGAAGUCAACAGAAUGAGAGUGAGAAAAAUAAGCAGCUUCCAAGCUUCUGGAUCCCAUCGCUGACACCUGAAGCAAAAACAUCCCUAGUGAAAAAACCAAACAAGACCGUCUAUUGUCCUAUGAGUGGAAAACCCUUGAAGAUGAACGAUCUGAUACCUGUGAAGUUUACCCUGGUUGACGACCAGGUGGGUCGAGUGGGUCUGAUAAACCGCCAAGACAGAUACGUUUGUGCUGUUACUCGUGACAUGUUGGGUAACUCUGUCCCAUGCGCUGUGCUGAGACCUUCAGGUGCUGUUGUAACACUGGAGUGUGUUGAGAAACUGAUCAAAAAGGAUAUGACGGAUCCCAUCAGUGGGGACAAGCUGAGCGAGAAGGAUAUCAUUGUGCUGCAACGGGGCGGAACUGGAUUCUCAGGAUCUGGAGUGGAGCUUCAGGCCAAGGAGGCCAGGCCUGUGAUGCAGGCGUAACAACGUUGUCUUCCUUCUGAGUAUCUCCAACCCUUUACCAAUUGUGUAUAUACUGCUACUUAUCAGUGAGCGAAGAGACUCACUGUCACGGCAUCCAUAGAUUUAAGGGAUCACAUUUUAGGCUUCAUAUUGAUAACCUUGUCCUUUUUAGUGAAGAAAAAAAAUAUCACCUAGUUCUAAUUAACAUACAAACGUAUACAAAGUAUCCUUAAAGCGGCACUGUCACGCCAAACUUGCCUUUCUCCUAUAGUUUCCUCUUCUCUUCCUGUCUCAGAAUUUGUUCUUCUUUUCUUUAUUUCUGAUCUAGUUUUCUUAAAAACAUAAGACAAGUAGAGUACUUUGUCUUCUGUAUUUUUCCUAUGACGGACUUUCGCUGACACAGGAAAUGGAGUUGACCUAAACUCCUCCUUUGGUCAAAGAAAGUACUCGCUCUUCUCCUUGACACAGGAAAUAGAACGGACUUAAGUUCUUUCUUUUGGUCAAAGAAGGUCAAGUGUAGGAAAAACAUGUAAGAUAAAAUAGUCCCUACUUAGGUUUUUAAAGAAAAAUAGAUUAGAAAAGAAGAACAGAUACUAAGAGCGGAAGCGAUAGGAGAAAGAUAAGUAUGGCAUGACCGUGCCGCUUUAAGCAGUGUGCCUGCAGCCUACAAGGAGCGACAUUGGAUUCUCCAUUAUGAAUCCAAUAAAAUAAUGGAGUCUUGGAACAAAUGGGAAAACC